AUGGAUUCAACGAUAGAAAACACUGACAAAGAAGCGGAUUUUGCAACUGAACAACUUGAAGAGACUCCUGAAGCGUCUAGCGAGGAAGAAACUGAAAAAACCUCCGAGGAAACUGGCGAAAAUGCCGUCGAAAACGGGACAGUUGCAGGCAGAAAUUUGGAGGAACAGUCGAGUUCUGAAAUAAAUGUUGAUUUUGAAACUGAAAAAGCUGGAAAAAAUGACGGAAAUACGGAACAACAAGCUGUCGAAGUUGUGGAAAUUGAGGAAAAAGAUAUUAUAGAGACACUAGAUGAGGCAAAAAGCGUUCAGGGCAAUGUUGAAAGUGUACAAGAGACGCAGGACAGUAUUGUAGUGGAAAAUAGAAAUGAAACUAUUGAUUUGUUGUCAAAUGUGGAAACGGAAACCCAGUUUCGUACUUCAGAAAUACAUAGUGAACCCGCAAAACCACCAGGAGAGGUAAAACAGCAACAAGAGUGGACUGAUUUGCUUGGAAAUGGUCUUCUGAAGAAAAAAGUAAGUUUUUAUAUAAUUUUGAGUGGAAUGCAUGAUGCAAUAAUGUGUAUAUUGUGCAUGAUACUGACUUGUACAGGCUUGUAUGGAGUGAAACUUUUGUGCAUUGGAUGUUGCACCAAAUACUUGUUAAUAUAUUACUGUAUUGCUGGUUGUGCAUGGCGACACGUCCGCUCCAUGGUGCUUACAUUCCAUACUGGCCAGUACAGGCAAAAUUGAUCUAUACCUGAAUGUUUCCUGGGAAAAAUAGACAUAAUUAGAGUCUGUUACAGGGAGAAUCAUAUUCAAAUUUGUACAAUAUUGAGAAUCAUUCAAAUUUGUACAAUUUUGGGUUCACAAAAAAGGUGUAGGUCCACAUCUCACAGGAAAAAUUUCAAAUUCCCAGCAAUGGGUAAUUCCAGAAGAAAUUUCCUACCUCUCCACAGAGGAAAUUGGAAGUUAACCUUCCUCCCCUCUUUAGAUGUCCUAAUACAGUGAGUAUUAUCAGAAACAAUUUUUCUUUCCUCCCUCUCUGUGUGGAUAUUUUCUGGAACAACACAUUGGGUUUUGUAUGAUAAUUUUUUAAACCAACCUGGCAAGACUUUGCCAACCCUGCAUGAUUUUUGGCUAAUGCCAUCAGGCCUGCCAAGUGCUCUCAGUUGCAUUGAAAGAUGAUUAGCGACUGCCCCCUACUCUCUGCAUGGCUGAAUCCUCAAGGAUUUUUAUCAUUUCACUUCUCCAGAUUAUAAGAGCAGGGAAGGAAGAUGGCUCUCGACCAUUACUAGGCCAAGAAGUUUGCAUCAGAUGUGAAGGAACGUUAGCAAGUGGUGACAAAGUUGAUGUGAAGGAGAAAUUGCAGUUUAUCAUAGGAGAUGGUGAUAUUGUUACAGGUACAUGUAGGUUAAUAUGUUUACCAUCAUAUAAAAAAUUCCACCGUCGCACAAAGAAAUUUUAAAAAUAUCAAUCUAAGUGGUGCAAUUUGUUGUUACAAAUUAGCUUUGUGUCAAGAAUAUUCUAUAAUAUUGUAAUUUAUUGAAUGGUAUUUUAGCAUUGGAUUUGUGUGUGCCAACCAUGUUGGAAAGUGAGAUUUGCGAGUUGGUAGCAGCAGCAAGAUUUGCUUAUGGCACUUCUGGAAGGUACUGUUGGAAUCAUCAUCAAAACUAACUUCAGUUCUCUAUAGUGGUCUGGAGAGAGCAAUCCCUUAUUGGGACAGUUGUGCUGCGAAGGAAAACCUAAACUAAAUAAAUUAACUAACUUUAUAAUAAUGGAUAGCUCUAUCAGUCCAAAUCCAAAACUGUUCUCUCUAGAGAUCCAAAACUGUUUUCUGUGUCAGUCCUAAAUUUUGUUUUCUAUUGCCUACUUUCAAACCUAGAGAGUCUGAAUACACGUCCCUAAAUAUUAUGACAUUGACAAUCAACACAAGACCCACAUAAUAAGAAAGAGCAUGUUGUCCUUUGCAAAAUUUCCAAGUUUGAUGUCAGGUUGAUAUUGAUCAAGAUACAGCCAUUCAAAGACUCAAAAUUUUAUUAAUCAACGUAUGGUUGUCCAGACAAAUGUCCGGAAAUCCAUACAUCCAAAUACGAAUUAGUAUUCAAGACAACUUUUGACAAGUAUAAUAUUUCUUGGAACAGAGAAGAUGAUGAUGAAGGUGAUGUUCCACCAGACAGUGAAGUCACAUAUAUGUUGGAACUCUUGAGUGUUGCGGAUGGACCCAAUAUCUCACAAUUGACGGAUGAACAAAGGAUUGAAUUAGGGUAUGAUUAUUCCAUUAAACCCAUAUUGAGCACCAGCGCUCUUCCCUUGACAAGUAAAUCAUCUGGCUUUGGACAGAGGAAAAUAAUAAAGUAGGGUGCAGUGCAACCUGUUGGGUUAAUGGAUUGUCAUGUGUACCUGUAGCUGUUUGUGGUGAAGGUGUGAUCUAACUACCUGAAAAAUAACAGGGUUCUAAAUUUGCAUUUGUUUCCAAUAGUGGAUUCUGAAAUUUAGGACUUUGGCUCUAACCAACUGAUUUUAAAAUGUACUAUUAUUUUAUCUUUUUAUUAGAGAUCAGAAACGAGAACGAGGCAAUGAUUUAUUCAGGAGAGAAGAAUACUCUCUAGCUGUACAUUCUUAUUCAAGGUGAACUUUUUAAACUGACUGAGCACUCUCCCCUUGACAAGUAAAAUCAUCUGGCAUUAGACAGUGAGUGUAAAAUAAUAAAGCAGGGCACAUUGCCACUUAAAGGGUUAAUUUGGAAAGUGUGUUGCAUAGCCAUCAUUCAUGAUUUUGUAGUUGACUUAUGUAAUUGUGUGAACAGCAUGUGCAUAAUUGGCAGUUGCUGUUGUGUUGACCUUCAUUUGUACAAUUGAGGUGCAAUUACAAUCAGACAACUGCAUAAAUACUAGACAGUCUAGCUGCUUAGGAUUUUAAAAAAGCUAUAUGCACAUGUGAAGCAAUAUCACGAUAGUCAUCGAGCAUGACGAUAAUUUUGAUAUAUCGUCGCUUAGGUUUCUACCUUCCAUACGAUAAUUGCGAUUGAAAAUAUCGCGAUAAAUCAAAAUAUCGAAAUAUCACCCAACCCUAGAUGCUACAGUAAUUACACUCAUAUACAGUAGUAUGCCACUAUUACCUAAACACCCUCAAUAUAUAUGUGUAGUGACCCAGAAUAUAAAGCUAUAUUAUAUAGACAAUUGUGAGGUUGAAAGCAUUCUAAUUUAUUUACUGUACAGUAUGUAUAAUUUUCUUUCCCAGAGCCUUGAAGUAUUUGGGAUCAUCAAAAUCUGAGGUAAUCUUUUUAUAAAAGUUACAUUUUAUAGAUAUUCAUAUUAUAAUAUUCAUUUAAUUGUCUCUUUAUAUUUUGCUAUCUUGUAAUUGUAUAAGUUAUUAGCAAGUUUCUUUCUAGUUUGAGUCUAAUAGGUAUUUGACAUUUUACAGGCUAUCAUUGAACUGAAAGUCAAAUGUUGGAACAAUAUUUCUGCAUCACAUCUAAAGGUUAGGCAGAAUACUUAGAGAGAGCAGAGUCUGUCUGGUGCCAGACAAUUUUAAAGUAUUUGUUGACUAAUUAAUAUAUUUAUAAAUUGAAGAACUAAUAACAAUUGCUUAUCUUAUUAUCCCCAGGUUCUGGAAUAUGCUGCUGCAAGGAAUGCAUGCGAUUCAGUCUUGGAGGUUGAUCCAAAUAAUGUUAAAGCUUUAUUUCGAAAAGGAAAGGUGUGUUACUUGGAAAUUUUAACAUUUUUUGCUACUUGAGCAUACAUGUAAGGUUCAUGACCUUCAUAGCAAGAAAAUGUUAAACCCCACAGCUUUUAAAAUCAAACUUUGAUAAAGUUGUUAAAUUGUACUAAAUUUAAAGGUGUUGUAUGCGGAAGGAGAAUAUGAAGAAUCUGUUGAACUUUUGAGAAAAGCUAAUUCUCUUGAUCCUGAAAAUAGGGUGAGUAUUUGUUGGUACAUGGCAAUACAGUAUUUACUGGGACCUGUGGGAAACAGUGGUGAUUGCCGAGGGAGGGGGGGGGGGGAUUAAAAACUGUACUUUGCAUCAGUUUGUGGUGAUCUUCAACACAACAAAACAUAAGAUUUUUAAAUAUUACAUAAGAUUUUGAUGUAAAAUGCCGCCAAAAUUAGUUAUACCAAUUUUCAACAGGUGAUGUUCAUGUUGACAUAAUUAAACGUUGCUUGCUUAACAGCACAGUUCAGCUUUUUGAAUGAUGGUUUUUAAGGCGAAUUUUAGCCCUUUCAAUAGACAACUUGCAUGUUAGACUAAUUUUUGAUUUAGGCAAAAAAACCUAAAUUCCCGUAAAGAACUUAUUAAAAUCAGUAAAAUUGCAAAAUUUGGUUACGAAAUGUUGUAAAAUACAGAAAAUAUAGCCUUGCGAAGUUUGCAUAUUUUCAGUAUGUUUGUAUUACGUGCGGAAAUUGUUACCAUUUUUGAGCCGAAAAUUGUAACAAUUUCCGCACGCAAUACAAAUAUACUGAAAAUAUGAAAACUUCGCAAGGCUAUAUUUUCUGUAUUUUACAACAUUUCGCAACCAAAUUCAGUUGCAGUUUUACUAAUUUCAUUACGAUCUUUUUAACUGUGGUGUUUGAUUUCCUUCUCUUUACUUAGAUUAAAAUUUAGUCUAACAUGCAAGUUGUCAAUUGAAAAAAAAAAACUAACUAGUAGGAAAAUCAAUUAUGCAUAAUUCAAGAUCAGCAAAUGUUUUUAACAAUAAAAAUGUUUUAAAAUGUUAAAAUCGUUAAGUUUGCUGAUCUUGAAUUAUGUUUAAUUGAUUUUCCUGGUUAGUUGUUUCAAGUAAAAGGGCUGUAAUGUGCCUUAAAAACCAUCAUUCAGAAGGCUGAACUGUGCCUUUAAGCUCACUAGUAUGUUUUGUUGAUCGUCAACUGAAAAUGUUUCCUCAGACCAUGACAAUAAAUAUGUUCCAUUGUGGUCCAUACAACAAAAAAGCAAAUUCAGAAUUCUAACUUGUUCCUAAUUUUCACUUGUAGUUAAUAAGGAGAGAACUUUACCUAGUCAGACAAAAGUUAGAUGAAAGUACGGAAAAAGAACGCAGUACAUAUCAAAGAAUGUUUGGUCUCAAUAACGAUAACACGACAUCAGAAAAUAAUAACACGGUAUGAAAAUAAUGUCGGUAGUGAUAUAAAAGACUUCCCAAAACUAAACACACACACAUUUCUAGUAAACUCAUGAUGCAAUCAUAUUGAGUAUUUGAGUGACCUCUGCCAUUAAUGUUCAGGGAAAUGAGCAAGUCUUUCGGUGGUAGACCUGUCUAUUAUAUAUCCUGAGUCUGAGAGUGGAGAGGGGAAUUUGGGGAAAUUGUCCUUGCAAUGCUGGAGCUUUGUCAAACUUUUGCUAAGUUUGCAGAAGCUGUACAAGAAGCUUUUAUAUAUUUCAUGUAAUAGCUGUAAUUUUUUCUUUCCCCCACCUCCGAGGAUAUCUGAUAGUCCACCCUUAAAUUCAAGGAAUAAUGUCUGUCAACCAUAUGUUGUUGCACCUAUAGUGGGACAUGGGUUUUAAGGUCUUUCAAAGUUUCAAUAGCAAAUUUCCUGCAGCUGUUUAACAUUUUCUGCGAGCAGUGCUCGCGUGCUCGCCUAUUUUUUCCACCCUGCCUUGAAAGGCGAAAGCAAUCUCAUAUCCAAGUACUUGAUUCAACUUAACCUAACAUUUCCCGGUAACAUUUUAUAUUUUUCAGUUUUUCACGUGGCCUGUGAUAUUGGGUAUAACUGGAGUAGCAAUAGGAGGAGUGGUUUGCGCACUUCUGUUAUCAAGACAUUGACUGUCCACCUCAUCACAAGUGCAUCUGAGCUCUAGAUGAGGUAUUUUUUGCCAAUCUUCAAUUGCGUAACUGGAGGGUGUUUGGGUGUCCAGAGGCGGGGCCCCCAGAAAAAAUGACCAUAAAAUUUUUGCUAGUACAUUGGGCAAAUUGGCCCGAGCCUCAGUUAUAGAGGGUCAGAAAAUUAGCAACGGCUGGCCCCCAAAAGCAGGAAUUGGUGAAAUUGUGAAAUUUGGAGCCCCUUUUUUGGCAGAAUGGAUAGGAAAAAAUGUUUACUUGUCAUAGUCCUGAAAAUGUUUUUAACACCUUUUUUUAAGGAAUACGGUUCGAAAAUUUUUUUUCUUCCCCUCCCCGCUACGCCACUGCCAAUCUUAGACACCAAUCACUGGUUAUACUACAGCAAUAAGCGGGUUUUUAGAGCACAUUGUGGUUUUGAAAUGAUUGUGGAAUAAUUUGUUUUUCUAGGAAGCGAAUUGGCAAGAGAAAAUGUUUGGAACGAAGAUAAUAGUCUCCCGAAUUUAUCUUGUCACGUCGAAACAGCGCAUGAAGAGACUGUCUUAG